AUCACAUACUCCCAAGUCCCAAUUGCUCCGAAAGAGAAGGAUACGCCCGAUAGAUAUAUCGAGCGAAUGGUCUGCUCAUAAAUCCUCGUAUACGUAAAUCCAAUUCAGCUUCGAUAGACCCAAAGUGGGGGAAGCGGCAUCAAUGAACUCAUGCAUUGAGCCGGAUACUUAUGUGAUCCUUCGCUUGCCCUCAGAACAGUUGAGGAUAGUGGAGGUGAAGCCUGACACACUCAUCACCAUCCCUAAACUCGGGUCCUUUCCCACCAAUCUCAUUAUCGGACGACCCUUCCACUUCACAUACGAGCUCCAUGAACGGAGACCAGAUGAACCCUUCUCACGACUACGGGUAGUCCCCGCCAACGAACUCCAUGGCGACGCGCUCUCCAGCCGUGACGAUGCGCCCGACGGUGUCGACGAUGGUUCCGACGAACCUGAAACGGGCGCGCAGUUCGACAUCGUCGCUGAUGACGGAUCGGUGCUCAUGCGCAACAACCGAUUGACGGUAGACGACGCCUCGCGCCAGCACCUCACACACGAGGAGAUCGAAGAGCUCAAAAAAGUCGGCACGGGAUCCGGGAUCGAGCUGAUCAAGACGAUCAUGGCGUCGCAUGCGGCGCUGGGGGAGAAGACGGAGUUCUCGCUGGCGAAGUACACGCUGCGGAAGUCGCGGAAGUAUCUGAAGCGGUUUACGAUCUUGCCGUUGGACGUGACGAAUUUGGCGGAGAGUAUUUUGGAGCGGGAGGCACCGAAGAUUAUGGAGUUGAGGGAGGAGACGGUGGCGUUGGCGUGUGCGUGGUCAAAUGCGCAUUGGAGCGAGGGGACGGGGGAGGAGAUGACGGGGAGGUGGCUGGUCAUUGACGACUCGGGUGGGUUAGUGGUCGCGGCGUUGGCGGAGCGAAUGGGGAUUCUCUAUGAAGACAAGACCGUGGAACUUGAGGAUGGAGAUGACGGAGCGCCAAACGAAGCAGACGCAAACCCGGACUACACCGCAGAUACUACCAGGGGCACCGAACCCAACGAACAACAACCAAACGAAGCCAACCCCGCCGGCGAAACUCCCAACGGUCAUUCCACCCCGCGCAAACCUCCUCGCCCCCGACCCGACGGCCUCCCCCUCAACCGCAGCCACCCCGCCGCCAUGUCUGCCACCACUAACACCCUCACCCUCCUCCACCCCAACCACCAACCCAACAUCGGCCUCCUCCAAUACUUCGGCUACGACAACUCCGCCCCCGUCUCCUCUCAUCCGCUCUACACCCACCUCCGCACCGUCUCCUGGCUGCAACUCCUCCAUCCGUCCGAGGACCCCACCUACAUCGAACCUGACGUCGUGAGCGAGGACACCCUCGCCGCGAUGAAGAGCGGGAAGCGCGGGAAUUACUACCGGAAGCGGAGGCGCUGGCAGCGGGUGAAGGCUGUGGUGGACGAGACGCGCGGGGGCGGGUUCGAUGGGCUGGUGGUCGCGAGCUUCACGGAUCCGAAAGAGAUCUUGAAGCAUACGGUCCCGUUGCUGAGCGGAGGCGCGAAGGUGGUCAUGUACAGCCCAAACGUAGAGCCGCUGACGGAGGUGGUGGAUUUAUACAGCAAGGAGCGAAAAGCCGCGUACCUGGAAUUGAAGAGGGAGCCGGAGACCAAGACGACGCAAAACGGUGGGCAUCCAGAGUCGCACGAUGAUGAUGCGGAGAAGGAAAUGGACGCCGACUUCCCCGUGGACCCAAUGUUGCUGUUGGCGCCGACGCUGCAGACGGUGCGGGUGAGAGACUGGCAGGUUUUACCUGGACGAACGCAUCCGAUGAUGACGUCGCGCGGCGGAGCGGAGGGAUACGUACUCACGGCUACACGGGUCAUCCCGCACUCUGGCGCGGUGGAGGCGAGAGGGAAUGCGUCCAAGAGACGGAAGACGGAAGCGUCGGCGGGGCCGUCGGAGGUGGAUUCGGACGCGGGGAUUGAGGCACGGGCGAAACGGGGGAAGCUGGAAACGGGUUCGGAAAUGGAGGUGGAGGUAUAGAUGGGGAGCGGAGUCACGGUGGUCGGCGAUAGAAUAGACUUAAAAAAAAAAAGGCGACACAAGUAGUAAGCCCCGUAAACGUUCGAAUGCCAAUACAUAUUCAUUGAACCUC